AGGUAAGCAUGCAUAAUGUGCGCAGGGGAUGAUGGGCGCAAGGAGCUGGCCCCAGACGAGGCUGAGGCGGGCGGCCUCGUCAAGGACUCGGAGAGCGUCUACACCCUCUGGUGCAGCGGCCGGCUGUGCGUCGAGGGGAUGCUGGUGGAGCUGCGUCUGCUCAAGCGGCAAGACCUGCUCAGUCUGAUCGCGCAAAUGGUGCGACCGUCAGCUGACCAGCUGGUGAUCCGGGUGACGAUGAGUCCUCAGUCCAUGGAUGGCUUCGUCAUGUGCUUGGCCACAAAGAAGACGGCUGCCCGACUACACAAAACCAUGGCCGACCUGAGUACUUAUUGCCCUGAGAAGAAACGCCCCGACAAGUAUGGCCUACCAGCAAACUUCACUGUCCUCUCGGAGAUGGGCGAGGUGGCAAACGCCAUGGUGGACCAAAAGGUGCUGUCAGUGAUCAAACGCUACGAGGAGUGCAUCGACUACAUCCACAUGUCAGACCAAUACUCGGGGCCCCGGCUGCAGGAGGAUACACAACCCACCAAGCUGCCGGAGGUCAAGAAGGUGCUCCUAUUUGGAUUUAAUGUACCUGGCAUGGGUCGAGUGUCAGCUGAAACCAUGGAGGAAAUGAAGCCACUCCUCCAGCUGGUCUUCUACUGCAUCGACAAAGUGCGCCGCUUCAAGCUCAGCAAAGAGGCCAAGCAGAAGAGCGACCGCAACCGUCUCAAGGUGGAAGAGGAGUUCCUGAAGACGACGCACGCCCAGCGGCAGGAGGCGGCUCAGCUCAAGCGUGAGGAGCGUCGCCGUGUUGAGAAGGAGCGCAUCAUGAAUGAGGAGGACCCAGACAAGCAGCGCAAGUGGGAGGAGCGGGAGCACCGACGAGAGCUCAAGCGUCGCACACCCAAGAUGAAGCAGCUCAAGGUGAAGACGCUCUGAACUGCUGUGUGUGCCUGUGUUGGUUGUGUGUGUGUGUGUGCUUCCAAAGGCUGCUGCAUCAGGCCAAGGAAGGCCUAAGGCAGCGAAGCAUCUCUUGCCACUGUUGUUGUGAACAGGCUGGCGUGAUCCUUCAAGCGGUCAGCAGGGAGAGUGGACAUCACACGGGACGGUGCAGUGCAAGGAAGGCCGUGUGCUGGCGAAUUAAUACAUGCGAACACAUGCGGCGAGCAGUGCUUUGAAAGAACCUCAAAGCAGCGAUGUACAUGAAAUACUUAUGGCAAUCAUGCCAGCCUUGAAGAUGCCAAAACGACACGAACCCCCCCGACACUGGCACAAAAGGCCUUGGCACCAAUCAUAGCAGUUAAUGCACGGACAUUACAGGCAUACACCCUUCAGUUGCUUUUGCAAUACACUUUUUGCUGUCAUUAUAAUGUUUCUUCGAGGUACCACGACGAUGUCAUUCAGUGAACAUACAACACAAUUAGAGCACAGUUUAUGUUGAUCUCACUUUGUCAGACUGAUAGUGCACAGGUGUUGAUAUUGUAGGGAUAAUUGCUAGAGAUGUAAUGUAGUAAUUGAACGGACUGCAGUGUACCCAUGCAAGUGGCAUAGAUAAGCACUUAGCAUUGUUUGGCCAACCUUAGCCACUUGUUUCCUUUUUUCAUACAUGCUCCGAGUCGCCAUAAAUGACUGUAUCCCUUUUACAGUGGUUUACACAGAGUCUUGCUGUAGCAUCUGUGAAAAGCAGAUGUUUAACUCCUGUGACAUGGUCACCUGGUAAAGGUCUUACCUGUACCUGUCUCCUUGAACAUUGUAUAUUACAAGCAGGUGACAAAACUUGGAACUUCCAAAAUGUCUACAGGGAUGGACAUGACACACCUCGUGUUGUGUUGUGCGAUGCCUUGCUUCUUAGUGUUCCGUAGAUAGGUAUGUCUUCCAGAUUCCUUUGUCAAAUCAUAAAUGGGGUAAAUAAAUUGCCUGGUUUUCA